AUGGCUGCAACUGUCUGUCACCCUGGAUUACAGUUACAUCUUGAACCUCAACUUGUUGAGUCAAGAACAUUAAGAUUAAGGUUACCUUCUCCAAAACAAUCCAUUGAUUUAGCCUUCAAAUCUUGUUUCCAUGAUGAAGAAAACAUCAACAUCAACAUCAACAAAACAGAAACUUUUCAAAGCAAGCCUAACAAUGGUGGUUGGAACUUCGUUGAUGCUCUUUCGAAUAUCUCACAAAACACAUCCAUGAAAGAAACUACAACCACACCCGCUUAUGUUCAUCCUCAACAGAAACGUUCCUCUUUGGUUUUGAGUCCGAAGAGUCUCGAAUUGUGCACGGAGAAUCUUGGCAAUGAGAGUGGUACUGACAUUGUGGAAAACGAUAUGUUGUUGUCUUUGAUGGGAAAAACUGAGGAAAGAGAACCUUGUCGUCAAGUUCUAGGUGGUUCUAAGAAAGCCAAGACUCAGAAUUUUCCACCACCUUUGACGACGAUAAGAGGAUCGGAAUCUCUUCGUGUUAGACCUCACCGCGAAGAUGGAAGAUUAGUGAUUGAAUUCACUAAGGUCCCACCGAGAACCUCUUGUUUUGAAGCUGAGAGAAGCCAUGGCCGUCUUCGCCUUUGUUUUUCGACAAAUCAAGAAGAAGAAGAUGAUGAUGUUGUUGAUGAUGUCAUAGAUGAAAAUGAAGAAGCACUCAAUGAAGAAGAAUUUUCUGAAAAUGGAGUGAUUGGAGGAGAAAUAAAAGAUGACGAAGAAGAAGAAACAGAGGAGGAAGUGAUGGAAAGUGGAAGUGGUGUUGCAUGUGAAGAGACUAAAGAUAAAGAAAGUGAUGUAAGAAUGAAAAAGUUAGAGAGGUUUGGAAAAUGCAAAGAAGGUGGUGAGAGUGAAAACAAUGACACCAUUUGGAUGGCUGCUACUACAUAA